AUGAAUAAGAAUUUGAAGUUGUUAGUAGCGGCGCGGGGCAGGGCGGCGGGGGUCAGCGCGACCGGUUCCCGCGUGCAGCCAAUCGGUGGCGGCGUCGCGGCCCGCAGCUGUGCGCCUGUGGUGGUGGCCGCCGCGCUGCGCCGUGCCGCGUCAUACCUGCCUCGCUCCGGUUUGUAUUUUGUGCGCAUACCGACUAUUACACAUUAUUUGAAUGAAACUGUUUUUGAUUACGGCAUAACUGAGUCACUAAGUUGCGAGAAGUGCGAAACUGGUAGGUAA